AUGUUUCAGAUUCAAGCAUUGCUCUUGGUGAUUGGAUUGGUGGCCUUAUUGUUCCUUGUAGCUUACCGCCUGACACUUCACCCGCUCGCACGAGUCCCAGGGCCUUUCCUUGCUGCCGCCACAGGAGCGUAUGAGGCCUAUUUUCAGCUGGCAAAAGAAGGCGGGGGUCGGUAUUGGGUCGAAGUAGCACGACUGCACGAGGUAUAUGGCCCAAUCGUGCGAAUCAACCCAUGGGAAGUUCACAUUAAGGACCCCGACUGGAACGACAUCUAUAAGUUGUCGUCAAAGGCGUGCAAGCCUAAGUGGUAUUAUAGGAGUUUCGGCAGCACUCUCAGCACCAACACUACAGAGUCCGACCAACUCCACCGUAUUUACCGUCAGGCGCUGACAACUUGGUUCUCUACGCAAAACAUUACCCAAAGCGAACCCAAUGUUCAGGCCACGAUCGAUAGGCUUCAUGACCGCCUUCUUGCUUCCUCUGGCAAAAUUGUCAACUUGGGCGAUGUCUAUCGAUGCCUUGCGAUUGACGUGGCAACAGGUUUCGCUUUCCAGAAGGCAUUUGGUAAUUUGGAUGACGCCCAUUUCAGCGAGGAUUUCAAUAUGGCUGUCAGGGACUACGGCCGGACCGGUAUAUUUAACAGAUAUCUUUUCGGGCUCCCAUUCAAGCUCUUGCAGUCGCUGCCGCAAUUCAUCUCAAGGAAGCUCAACCCUGCAGUUGGGACUUUUAUGGCGAUGGUCAGCGAAUGUGCCGAAUACUCCAUGAAGAAGCGCCCUUCAUCGCUUGAUGCGGCGCAGGACAUGGUGCAGAGUAUGAUCAAGGCAGAUCUUUCGCUAGAACAAAAGAGCUUUCCUCGUAUUUUGGCAGAGUGCCGAAGUAUAAUCCUUGCUGGACAGGAAACAACUGCUACCGUUUUGACGUCUGUCACAUAUCACGCUCUUUCUAAUCCGGAAAUCCUUUCCAGACUCCUCAAAGAACUCACAGAAGCCCGCAACGCAAAAGGAGCUAAGUUAGAAUACCAGGAUAUCCGAUACCUGCCUUAUCUUACGGCUGUGAUAAAUGAGGCAUUGCGCACAAGCAACGCCGUAUCUGGACGGCUGACUCGAUUCUCGGAGGUCGUAGACCUUCAUUACCAGCAGUACUUUUUACCUCGUGGGACAUACAUAUCGAUCAACCUGAACGACACCCACAAGGAUUCGUCAAUAUUCACCGACCCUGAAGCGUUUCUCCCUGAUCGCUGGCUAAGAGAGUCUGACCACAAGCAGCUUCUGAAAUAUCUACAACCUUGGGGUCGUGGUGCACGACUUUGCUUAGGCAUGGAAUUGGCAUAUCAUGACCUAUACUUGUCGAUCGCACGGCUGUUUGGUCCCGAUUGCGGUUUCGAAAUGAAGCUUUUCGAAACUGAACUCGAGGAUUGGGAUGCGUAUGGCGACUUUUUCGCACCAAUGCCUGCCCCAAGGCGUAAAGGAAUGCGAGUAUCUAUUGAGACGAAAUCGAAGCCGGUCAAGCCAUGA